AUGGCCUAUACUCCGUCAAAAAAGAAUGUCGCUGCACAGAAGGCGAGCCGCCCGGCUUCGCAUAAUGAUACGGCCAUGACCGGGGCCGCUCCGCCCAAGAAGAAGAGUUAUGCAUCGGAAGGAGUGACAGACAAUGAUGUGUUUCUUUUACCUGCCUCUGACUACCAGAUCAUGGGUUUGUUGACCAUUGUGGCUGCUGUGGUUCGCUUGUUCAGGAUCUACCUGCCGACCAGUGUGGUCUUUGACGAAGUUCACUUUGGUGGCUUUGCUACAAAGUAUAUCAAGGGCAAAUUCUUCAUGGACGUCCAUCCUCCUCUGGCAAAACUCCUCAUCACUCUCGCAGGCUGGGCCGCCGGUUUCAAAGGGGAUUUUGACUUCAAAGAUAUUGGGAAGGACUACCUUGAGCCCCAGGUCCCAUAUGUUGCAAUGCGCAUGGUGCCAGCUGUUCUUGGAGUCCUGACCAUUCCUACCAUGUUCUUGACAUUGAAGGCGGCCGGGUGUAAAACAAUCACCGCCUGUCUAGGAGCCGGACUCCUCAUCUUCGAAAAUGGCUUGGUGACACAAUCCAGACUGAUUCUUCUGGACUCGCCCCUCGUCAUUUGCACGGCUUUCACAGCCCUCGCUUGGACUUGCUUCACAAACCAGCAUGAACUGGGACCCGAACGGGCUUUUGAUGCCAGCUGGUGGUUCUGGCUUGCAGCAACAGGCCUUGGUCUCGGGGCAACAGUCAGUGUUAAAUGGGUCGGUCUCUUCACCAUUGCCUGGGUAGGCAGUUUGACGGUCCUGCAACUGUGGGUUCUGCUCGGCGACUAUGUCAAUGUCACUCCGAGAAAGUGGUUUAAACACUUAUUCGCUCGCGUGUUUUGCCUCAUUGUCAUUCCUAUUGCCUUUUACGUCGGCAUGUUUGGGAUUCAUUUCCUGUGCUUGGUCAAUCCGGGAGACGGAGACGGAUUCAUGUCAUCGGAAUUCCAGGCAACGUUGAACAAUAAAGGAAUGGCAGACACUCCUGCAGACGUGGCGUUUGGUAGUGAGGUAACACUCCGACAUCAGAACACACAAGGUGGUUACCUACACUCUCAUCCACACAUGUACCCUACUGGGAGCAAACAACAACAGGUUACGCUGUAUCCUCACAAGGACGAAAACAACAUCUUCUUGAUUGAGAAUCAGACCCAACCCCUCGACGCGGAGAAUGUGACCAUUCCCGGACCUCGCGCGUGGGCUGAGUUACCCCCUACAUGGAUUAAGGAUGGCGAUGUUAUCCGGCUUUACCACAUCAUGACUCACCGUCGUAUUCAUUCUCACGAUGUUCGACCUCCAGUCACUGAGGCGGAGUGGCAGAACGAAGUCACUGCUUACGGCUACGAGGGGUUUGAAGGAGACGCCAACGACCUGUUCCGAGUGGAAAUCAUCAAGUCCAUGUCUGAUGGGGAAGAAGCAAAGACCAGGUUGAGAACAAUCCAGAGCAAAUUCAGACUCGUCCAUGUCAUGACCGGUUGUGUGCUAUUCUCUCACAAGGUUAAAUUGCCAGACUGGGGGUUUGAACAACAAGAGGUGACCUGUGCCAAAGGAGGUACUCUGCCGAACAGCGUCUGGUAUAUUGAACAAAACUGGCACCCACAAUUGGGCGACGAUGUUGAGAAGGUCAACUACAAGGACCCCGGAUUCCUGGGCAAGUUCUGGGAAUUGCAGAAGGUUAUGUGGAAAACCAAUGCUGGCCUCGUUGAGUCACAUGCAUGGGACUCUCGACCUGACUCGUGGCCGAUUUUGAGACGCGGUAUCAACUUCUGGGGCAAAGACCAUCGCCAGAUCUAUCUACUCGGAAACCCUGCCAUUUGGUGGCCUUCGACGCUGGCAAUCUUGACAUAUGUCAUCUUCAAGGGCAUUGCUAUCCUCCGAUGGCAGCGCAGCUGCAACGACUACUCAGACGUCACCUUCAAACGCUUCGAUUACGAAAUCGGACAAACCGUCCUAGGUUGGGCAUUCCACUAUUUCCCCUUCUUCUUGAUGGCACGACAAUUGUUUUUGCACCACUAUUUCCCGGCUCUUUACUUCUCCAUCAUGGCCAUGUGCCAGAUCUUCGACUUUGUCACCAAUCGAAUUGCAAUUUUUGGCUUGAAGAAGUAUCCCGAGAUCGGCCGCACCAUUGCUGUGCUUUUUGUUGCAUUUGCAAUAGUCGUCUUCACUUUGUAUGCCCCGUUGGCUUACGGCAGUCCUUGGACACAAGAUCAAUGCAGAAAGGUGAAGCUUUUCGACACAUGGGACUUCGACUGCAAUACGUUCCACACAGAUUAUGCGAAAUAUUCAACGCCUCUCCCGUCGUUUGGAGAUGUCACUCCAACAGUACCCUCGGCUCAAGUGCCGUCCGAUAGGAAGGACGACCCAUCCGCGGUCACCCCUCAAGUUGGCGAAGGCAGUGUGAUUGCCAAGGAGGAGCAUGUGGAGUAUCGCGAUCAGAAUGGCAAUCUGUUGGACGAAACUCAGGUAGCUGCGCUGAUGGCUGAGGGCAAAGCAUCCUUCCAGACCAAGUACGAAACACGCACAAGGAUGGUGGACGAGUACGGAAAUGAAGUCAAUCCUUCGGGAGUUGCGCCAGACCACCCAGAUGUAGAGGGACAGAACCCGUCGACGAAAGGAGUUCCAGAGGAAGAAGCAAGGAGUCAACCCGCUGAUGCUAAAGCAGGCGGUUCCGUGAAGAAGGAAGAUGAUGGGAAAGCUAAGCCUGCCAGUGAUGCCAGUGAGGCGACCAAGUAG